AUGAGCGGGACAGCCGCUAAGCAGACCCCCGGCGCGGGGUCCGCCGCGGAUCCUGCCGCGGAGAACGCGGCGGCUGCGGACCCCGUGCCGGAGUCUCCUCCACCACUGCUGAGCGUGGACGUGACAGGACUGGUGUCGCAGUUUGCGAGGAGCUUCGUGCUGAUCUUCCCCGUGUAUGUGCUGGGCUACCUGGGGCUGAGCUUCAGCUGGGUGCUCAUCGCCCUGUGCGGGCUCUUCUGGAUCCGCAGGCACCGCGGCGGCAAGAGCUCCCGCCUGGGCCGGGCGCUCGCCUUCCUGGAGGACGAGGAGGAGGCGGUGCGGCUCAGCGUCUCCUCCGCGGAUCUGCCUGCGUGGGUGCAUUUUCCAGACACAGAAAGAGCAGAAUGGCUCAACAAGACUGUAAAACAGAUGUGGCCUUUUAUUUGUCAAUUCAUUGAGAAACUCUUCCGAGAAACCAUAGAACCAGCAGUAAGAGGAGCAAACAACCACCUCAGUACCUUCAGUUUUACAAAGAUUGAUAUUGGUCAUCAGCCUCUGAGGAUAAAUGGUGUAAAAGUGUACACUGAAAAUGUGGACAAAAGGCAGAUCAUUUUGGAUCUUCAAAUCAGUUUUGUUGGAAACUGUGAAAUUGAUUUGGAGAUCAAGAGAUACUUCUGCAGAGCUGGUGUGAAAAGUAUACAGAUUCAUGGCACCAUGAGGGUUAUCCUGGAACCACUAAUUGGAGACAUGCCCCUAAUUGGAGCGCUAUCCCUUUUUUUCCUUAGGAAACCUCUUUUGGAAAUUAACUGGACUGGACUGACCAAUCUUCUGGAUGUUCCAGGACUGAAUGGCUUAUCAGACACAAUAAUAUUGGAUAUAAUAUCCAACUACUUGGUCCUUCCAAACAGAAUUACAGUCCCCCUUGUCAGUGAAGUGCAGAUCGCUCAGUUGCGAUUUCCUAUACCAAAGGGUGUUCUGAGGAUACACUUUAUUGAAGCUCAGGACCUGGAGGGGAAAGAUACUUAUCUAAAAGGGAUUGUCAAAGGAAAGUCAGAUCCUUAUGGAAUCAUCCGUGUAGGCAACCAGAUUUUCCAAAGCAAGGUCAUCAAAGAAAAUCUUAAUCCAAAAUGGAAUGAAGUUUAUGAGGCCUUAGUGUAUGAACAUCCAGGACAGGAGCUAGAAAUUGAGCUCUUUGAUGAAGAUCCAGAUAAAGAUGAUUUCCUGGGAAGUUUGAUGAUUGAUUUAAUUGAAGUUGAAAAGGAGCGUCUUCUAGAUGAGUGGUUUACUUUGGAUGAAGUGUCCAAAGGAAAGUUGCAUUUAAAACUGGAAUGGCUCACAUUGAUGCCAACUGCUGACAAUCUAGACAAGGUGCUAACAAGCAUUAGGGCUGAUAAAGACCAAGCUAAUGAUGGACUUUCAUCUGCAUUGCUUAUUCUGUAUUUGGACUCAGCAAGAAAUCUGCCUAGUAUCUACGAGGGAAACUUUGGGUGUGGAUACUUAAAAGAGAGGAGAGCAUCGGGACUAGUCUUUUGUGAAAACACUACCUCACUCUAUAGAGCACUAUUUAAUAAUCCAUUAGAAUUUAACCCUGAUGGCUUGAAGAAGGCUGCUGUUCAGAAAGCCCUAAAGUCAGGAAAGAAAAUAAACAGCAAUCCCAACCCACUUGUUUUGCUGUCAGUUGGACACAAGGCACAGGAAAGUAAGAUUAGAUACAAGACCAAUGAACCAGUGUGGGAGGAAAACUUUACAUUCUUUGUACACAAUCCCAAAAGACAAGAUCUUGAAGUUGAGGUGAGGGAUGAACAGCACCAGUGCUCUUUGGGGAACUUCAAGCUGCCUCUGAGCCAGUUGCUAGAGAGUGAAGAUUUAACUCUGCAUCAGCGGUUCCACCUGAGCAACUCUGGUCCCAACAGCACUAUAAACAUGAAGAUUGCACUCAGGGUCCUUUCUCUUGAAAAGCAGGCAAGAUCUCCAGAUCAUCAACACUCAGCCCAAGUAAAAAGGCCAUCUCUUUCCAAAGAUGCACGAAAAUCAUCUUUUAAGCCUCAGGUUCCUGUCUCGCCAACAUCUGAUCCAAACAAGUCUGUUCCAGCAUCCCCAGUGACUGACAGCGAUAAAAAGACUGAUACAGCUGAUAGAAGUCAGCCCCCCAGUGCCAGCCCGCAGCGGCCGACAGAUCUCAGCCGCAGCUCCUCCAGUCUUCACGCCUCCAACUUCUCCUGCUCCCCCAGCCACCUGUCGGUGAAGGAGCCCACGCCCAGCAUCGCCUCGGACAUCUCCCUGCCCAUCGCCACGCAGGAGCUGCGCCAGAGGCUGCGGCAGCUCGAGAAUGGAACAACUCUGGGGCAGUCUCCAUUAGGACAGAUUCAGCUAACAAUUCGUCAUAGUUCACAAAGAAACAAACUGAUUGUAGUAGUGCAUUCCUGCAGAAAUCUAAUUGCUUUUUCUGAAGAAGGAUCCGAUCCCUAUGUGCGAAUGUAUUUGUUGCCUGAUAAGAGACGAUCAGGAAGAAGAAAAACACACGUGUCAAAGAAGACAUUAAACCCAGUGUUUGAUCAAAUGUUUGAUUUCAGUGUUUCCCUGCCUGAAGUACAGAGAAGAACACUAGAUGUAGCAGUGAAGAACAGUGGUGGAUUCUUGUCCAAAGAUAAAGGGCUGCUUGGCAAAUUAUUAAUACCUCUGGCAUCUGAAGAACUUGCUAAAGGCUGGACCCAGUGGUAUGAUUUGACAGAAGAUGGUACAAGACCACAUGGUGCAAGUUAG